CGUCUCUGUUUUUAAAAUGGGUUUGACUGGAGGACACGUUGGUCCGGUACAGUUUCUAGUCGGACAUACUUUAAGGUAACACACCUCAUUCAAACGAUGGGACUCGUGGUUCAAGUCUGACGUUGAUCAGACCAAUCCGCGCUCCUAUACGUCAGCGCGUCACGUGACGACGUCUGCGGCGCUGCACGCGGGAGUCUUUCAACGUGAAGUCUUGUUUCUAUAUAAUAUAUAUAUUCUUCUGCUGUCUUCUUCUGGUACCACAGAGCAGAAUUUGAACAGACAGGUGAGAUGUUGAGCUCCAGCAAGCUGCUGACCCUGGUGCUGGUGGUCCAGCCGGGCAGAGUGCUGCUCGGCAUGAAGAAGAGAGGAUUUGGGGCUGGGAAGUGGAACGGGUUUGGAGGCAAAGUUCAGCCAGGAGAAACUAUUGAAGAUGGUGCAAGAAGAGAGCUGCUGGAAGAAAGCGGGCUCACGGUGGACGCUCUCGAGAAGGUCGGAAACAUCAAAUUUGAAUUUGUCGGUGAAACGCUGCUGCUCGACGUCCACGUUUUCAGAGCCGACGCUUAUAACGGAGAACCGACGGAGUCAGAAGAAAUGCGGCCUCAGUGGUUCGAUUGGGACCAAAUUCCUUUCAGUCAAAUGUGGGCCGACGACAUCCUGUGGUUCCCGCUGAUGCUCCAGAAGAAGAAAUUUGUCGGAUACUUUAAGUUUCAGGGUCACGAUCUGAUCCUCAGCCACAAACUGGAAGAGGUGGAGGAACUGUGAGAAGACCUGCGUUUCAGAGGACAUUUAUGACGGUGACAAAAGAAAACCAUCGGCCUUCCAAAGUUCUUCCUUAAAUGCAAAAGUAAUCCCGCUGUUCAGUGUUUGUUGUGGGAGGAAACGGUUUACAUGUGAAAUGACACAUUGAGAUUUAACUCUUUGUUUUCUGAUAAAAAUCAAUCAAAGCAGAAUUAUACUGACAGAAAUAUCCAUUCUGUGAUUUUAUUUUCAGGAUAAUUGAUUUAACACAAUUCAACAAGGACUUGUUUAAUAAAAUAUUUACAAUAUCUACAGUAAUCAUUUUAUUGGAUUUCAUAUAGUGUGCAGGUUAGUUAUGAUUCCAGAUGAAUUUAUUUUGCACACUAUCAGUUUAUUCAUCAAACAAAAGUCGAUCUAUGCGCACAUUUCCCGAAUUUGCAUGUAGUCAGUUCGGUGUAUUUGAGAUGAUAUCAGUU